CAACAGUAGAAUUAUAUCUAUUGGCAAUGGGAAAAACAAAAAAACGAGUACUAUUGAUUACGAAGAGUUUAUUUGUAUAUGAUGUUCCAGUAGAUUGCUUCGAUUCGGUCAGAAAUACAGUGCAUUUGAAAUAUAUACCAACACCAUUGGUGGAUAAAUAUCCGGUUCUUUAUCAUGAUUCCCUUUUUCAAAGUAUCAAAAAUAAAAUCAAUGCAUGGAUUACGUAUGAUAGUGAUGGUGAUUGGAUUUGUAUGACUACUAAUGACAGUAAACAAGGAAUCAACUAUAAUAUCGAUACAUCAAAAAUACAUAAAGGAUUCGUUUUAAGUGGAGAAUGGCCAGAAACAUUGAUAGCAACCCAAGAACCAUGCAAAUUCUAUUCCAUACAAAGAAGAAAAGAUAAGGUAAAUACAAUUCUGGGUAAGGGUUCGGAUCUUUGGCUUACUGCUUACAAAUGCAAAAAUGGUGAUCGCAUAAUCCACUCGGAUGGAAUAGACAAAGUGAGAGAUUUUAAACUUCUUUGUUUUGAUGAAAUAGAUGUUUUGAUGAUAAAUGGAAAAAAGUGUGACAGUGAACGUGGAGUACAAUGGCCAUUUGGGACCGGUUUCGUGAGUGAUGAAAAAUUUUUUAUAAUCGGUCUUUAUAUUUAUGUAUUAAGCGAGAAUGUUUUUAAUCAAGUAGGAAAAGUUUUUCCUGUGGAAGAAGUUUCUCCAUUUCAUUUCUUCAAUUGUGGUGGUAUUAUUCCGCCCAAUAAAGUAAUUUCCAAAGCAUAUUUUUAUUGGAUAAUUGCAGCAAUCAUAUUAUUAAUGAUGUUAUUAGCAAUAAUAAUAAUCAGUGUAUUUGUUGCACAUCGAUCAUUGGCCAACAGAAAAAAGACACUUUCCGGUUUGGAGAGAUCAAGCAAAAUCACUUUAUCCAAAUCGUCAAUAAAAGUUGCUACUAAACGAAGUCUCAAAAGUAAAAGCAAAAGUAAGACUUCCAGAAUUAAAAGUUCCAGUACAAAAAAUAACAGCAAAUCUGGACUGGUUGGUAGUAGAACAUCGCUAUCCGGAAGAUCAAAAAAAGCAACCUCUCCUGGCAGCCGAACUUCUCUAUUUCGAAAAUCAAAAAAGGCAAUUUCACCUGACAGCCGAACAUCACUAUCUCGAAAAUCAAAAAAGGCAAUU